CUGCCCUCAUUGAUCCGGUAUGCCAACCUCUCUUGCAAAUUUUCCUUCUUUUCUUUUCUUCCUUUUUUUCUUUCACCUCCAUUUUCACCUCAGAACCUCGCAGUCUUGUCUUAUCGAGAUUCGCUUUCUAUCCUCUUGUCUGUCUUGGCUCCUCUGUCUCUCACCCUCACCCUCUCUCUCUCUGCCAGGUGCACGCGAGCGAGCCUCCCACCAGCUCAUCCCUGCCUCGCGCUUUAGGCCCCACUAAAAAAAAUGAACCCUUUUGUUUUUUCCACCACCUCCCCGCUCUCCCUCUCCCUUUCUUCCUCCCUCCAUCUUCCCACCUCCACCACUCUUCCCCCCUCAAACUCUCUGGUCUUUUGCGAGCAGCAACUGACCGACACAGGCCUGUAUUCUACCAUCCACAGGAAUACUCGCCAUGGACGAGCAACAAUUUGUUGAACUGCUCGAGGCUCUUCUGCUGCCCGACACAGAGCGGGUCAAGUCAGCCACCUCGACGCUGAACAACAACUACUACAAAUCUCCCGCUUCGCUCAACGCUCUCCUCCAGAUCGUCUGCAACCACCCCAAGCCUGAGCUUCGCCAACUGGCCGCCGUUGAGGCGAGAAAGCUGAUCAACAAGCACUGGAACGCCCUCCCGGCCGACCAAAAAUCUGCUCUCCGCCAGCAGGUGUGCCAACACUCUCUCAACGAGGAGGAACGUCUAGUCCGCCAUUCGGCCGCUCGUGUGGUUUCUGCUUUUGCUUCCAAAGAUUUUGAGGAUGGAGAGGGCACCGAGCUGCUCAGCUUCCUCCAACAGGCCGCUACCAGCUCCGCUGCACGUCACCGGGAGGUCGGCACGUUCGUCAUCUGGACCACACUAGAGACCGUCGGCGACGAAUUCCCUGGUACCAAGGAUGACCUCUACAAGCUUUUCUCUUCCACAAUUCAAGAUGCCGAAAGCACCGAAGUCAGGGUAAACACCAUGGCUGCGCUUGGCUGCCUUGCCAUGCUACUCGAUUCCGACGAGAGCCCCAAGGAGGUUGCCAUGUUCCAAGAAGCCAUUCCCGGCAUGGUCAAGGUUCUGCAAUCUACGGUCGAGCAGGGCGACGAGACCAACGCUCUCCAAGCAUUCGAAGUUUUCCAGACUCUGUUGAGCUGUGACUCUGCUCUAUUGCAAAAACACUUUGGCGACCUUGUCAAGUUCAUGCUGGAGAUGUCGUCUUCGACCUCCGUUGAGGAUGACUACCGUUCUCAGGCACUUGCCUUCUUGAUGCAAUGCGUCCGCUUCAAGAAGCUCAAGAUCCAGGGCAUGAGGAUCGGUGAGGAGCUUACCUUGAAGGCUCUCCAGAUCGUUACCGAGAUGGAAGACCUCUCAACAGACGACGAGGAUAUCACCCCUGCUCGUUCUGCUCUGGGUCUCCUCGACAUUCUCGCUGGCAGUCUGCCCCCAAGCCAAGUGGUUAUUCCUCUGCUCAAGGCUCUCGGCAACUAUUUCACUUCCGAGAACCCCCGUUACCGCCAGGCUGGUAUUUUGGCUCUUGGUAUGUGCGUUGAGGGUGCGCCUGACUUCAUCGCGACCCAACUUCAUGAGAUCUUGCCAAUGGUUCUACACCUCCUCGAUGACGCCGAUAUCAACGUCCGCAUUGCCGCGUUGAAUGGUGUCACUCGUUUGGCCGAUGAUCUAGCCGAGGAUGUUGGCAAAGAGCAUGCCCGUUUGAUUCCUGCUAUCGUCAAGAACUAUGAUCUCGCCGUGAGCUCAAACCGCAAUGAUGAUGACACCAUGAGGGUUGUACGGGGAACUUGCAACGCCAUCGACUCUUUGAUCGAAGGUCUCGAGCCUCAGGACGCAGCCUUGUAUGUCCGGGAGUUGGUGCCUCGCAUUAGCAACCUGUUCAACAGCGAUGAGUUGAAGACUAAGGUUCCGGCCAUCAGCGCGGUGGGCUCCAUCGCCUCCGCUGCUGGCGCCGAGUUCGCUCCUUUCUUCGAGCAGACAAUGAACGCUCUUUCAUCAUAUAUCCGUAUCAAGGACAGCCAGGACGAGUUGGACCUCCGUGGCGUCACCUGCGAUACUAUGGGUAAGAUGGCCACGGCUGUCGGUGAGAAGGCUUUCGAGCCCUAUGUUCUUCCUCUUAUGGAGGCGUCAGAGGAAGCACUUCACUUGGACCACCCUAGGCUACGCGAGACGAGCUACAUCUUGUGGAGCACUAUGGCCAAACUGUACCAGAAGGAUUUCGCAAAGUACCUGCCCGGCGCUGUCAAGGGUCUGAUCGAGUGCCUGGAUCUUGAGGAGAGUAAUAUCAACGUGGAGCUUGGAGAAGAAGCCAAGGACCUCGUUGGUACCGAAGUCGUUAUCGAGGGCCAGAAGGUCAAGGUUGCUGCCGCAGGAGACGACGAUGAUGAUGAUUUCAGCGAUCUCAACGACGCAGCUGUGGAUGAUGACGACUGGGAUGACAUCAACGGUGUUUCGGCCAUUGCUAUGGAGAAGGAGAUUGCUGCCGAAGUAUUUGGUGACAUCAUCACUCACACUUGCGAGCAAUUCAUUCCGUACCUCGAGGACACCGUCACAAAACUACUUGAGAUGGUCGAACACAGCUACGAAGGAAUUCGCAAGGCCUGCAUUGGUACGCUUUGGCGCACGUAUGCCUGCCUCUACCAGAUGGCGGAGGAGAAGGAUGGUCUGCAGAAGUGGACUCCGGGACUCCCCCCUAAAGUUCAGCCUCCCAAGCAGAUCACUCAAUUGAGCCAGCUCAUUAUGAAGGCCACCAUGGCCAUCUGGCCCGAUGAGAUGGACCGUGGUACGGUCACCGACAUCAACCGUGAUCUUGCAGCUACGCUUCGUCUUUGUGGUCCUUCCAUGCUCAUGAACGACGACGGUUCUACCGUGGUACCAGACAUGGUCCAGCAGCUUCUUGCCACCAUCACCAAACGUCACUUGUGCCAGCAAGAUCUUGGCGAAGAUGACGAAGAUGAUGUUCUCGAGGAGUCUUCCGAGUAUGACUGGCUGGUGAUCGAGACGGCCAUGGAGCUUGUCACUUGCUUGUCUGUCGCCAUCGGACCCGGCUUUGGCGAGCUCUGGAAGGCUUUCGAGAAGCCCAUUGUCAAGUACGCCAGUAGCCAGGAGUCCGUUGAGCGCAGCGCUGCCGUGGGCACCAUCGCAGAGUGCAUUGGCAACAUGGGUGAGGGAUGCACACAGUACAGCACCAACCUCCUCAAGCUUCUCGUGCACCGCUUGUCGGACGAAGAUCCCGAGACCAAGUCCAAUGCCGUAUACGGCAUCGGUCUGCUCUGCGAGAAGACGACCAACGACGACGAGAUCCUCAAGUCGCUGCCCACCAUCUUCAGCAAGCUGGAGCCCCUUCUGGAAGCCCAAGACCAGGCUCGUUUGUUGGACAACACUGCUGGUUGUGUGAGCCGCUUCAUUUCCAAGCACGGAGACAAGCUUCCCAUCGGGGAGGUCCUCCCCCGUGUAGUGCAGCUUCUUCCCCUCCGCGAGGACUACGAGGAGAACAAGCCGAUCUACAGCAUGAUCAUCAAGCUUUACCAAGCCAACGAGCCCACAAUCCAGCAACUCACGCCUACGCUGAUGCCGGUGUUUGAGAAGGUUCUUGGAGAACCCCAGGACCAGCUCGAGGAUGAGACCAGGUCACAGCUCGUGGAGUUGGUCAAGUACUUGCAGAAAUAA